GUUUCAGGGCUAGUAAUCUGCAGCUGCAUGCGUUUUUGUCUUUGCUGAGCUUUUAUUUUGAAGAGCGUUAACCUGAUUUAGUGAUUUGACGUCAGAUCCGCGCAAUCCAUCACCAACCACUCCACAUGUGGAAUCAUGUCGAAGGCCAGAAAACAAAAGCGAGCGAAAAUACUUUUCCAAGGAAAACAAAAGGGGAAAGAUGGACAACAGACUCAAGGAGGGAAAAUGCAUUCAGAGCUGUCCAUUGCACGCCAUCCCAAAGAGUAUGGAAAACCAGAAGAAAUCCGGAAGAAAAGGCUUCAGGAGCUCCAAGAAAAGCAGAGGUUGUCAAGAGAACGGGAGCAGAUGAAGAGGAGAAGUCUGGAUGGUUUUCAGAGAGAUGUUCUAGAGCGACAAAGAGAGUUUGAGCAGAGGGAAACUGAGAUGCAGAGUUUAGAGAAGCAUGUCAAUUUUGAAAAUGAGAAUUCAAGAAAGGCGUACUACAGGGAAUUCAAAAAGGUGGUUGAGGCCUCUGAUGUGAUUCUGGAGGUUCUGGAUGCCCGUGACCCUCUUGGCUGCCGUUGUCCUCAGGUGGAGCAGGCUGUAAUUCAGAGCGGCACUGACAAGAAAAUAGUCCUGGUGCUUAACAAGAUUGACUUGGUGUCCAAGGAGAUUGUGGAGAAAUGGAUCAAGUAUCUUCGCAAUGAAUUUCCCACUGUGGCUUUCAAAGCCUCAACGCAACAACAGAACAAGAAUUUGAAGCGAAGCAAUGUACCUGUUACACAGGCCACUGCUGAGCUCCUAGGUAGCAGUGCCUGUGUGGGUGCGGAAUGCCUGAUGAAACUUUUGGGGAACUACUGCCGCAACCUGGACAUUAAGACAGCCAUCACUGUUGGUGUGGUUGGCUUUCCCAAUGUUGGAAAGAGCAGUCUGAUAAACAGUUUGAAGCGGGCACGUGCUUGCAAUGUUGGAGCCACACCCGGUGUAACCAAGUGUCUUCAGGAAAUACACUUGGACAAGCACAUCAAGCUUUUAGAUUGUCCCGGCAUUGUAAUGGCAACCUCGACGACUGACGCGGCCAUGAUCCUUCGGAAUUGUGUAAAGAUUGAGCAGCUUGUAGACCCUCUACCUCCAGUCGAAGCCAUCUUAAGACGCUGCAAUAAGACACAGAUCAUGGAACACUAUGGUGUUCCAGACUUCCACACAGCUCUCGAAUUCCUGGCUUUGUUGGCACAGCGACAGGGCAAGUUGAGGAAGGGAGGACUGCCUGAUAAUGACAAGGCGGCAAAGAGUGUCCUAAUGGACUGGACAGGGGGUAGGAUCAGCUACUUUACACACCCUCCGGAGACGCACACUCUUCCCACUCAUAUCAGUGCUGAGAUUGUGGCAGAGAUGGGCAAAGCUUUCGACUGGGAGGAACUAGAGAAGGGAAACCAGGAAGUGCUAGCUGUGUCGUCUUGCACUGAUGUCCAAAUGGGUUUCUGCAUGGCAACUGCUGGGAUGACUCAGGGUGGUCAAGAAGAACCACCUUGUGACCUGGAAAUGGAAGGUGGAGCUUUGGAUGGGGUUGAGUCCAAGGAUGAAACUGAAUCCAUGGAUGAUGAUCAGGACCCAGAGUUUGGACCUAUGACUGUGGAGAUAAAAGCACCAAGGGCAAAGACUGGUGGUUCAGUUGAUGCUGCUGCCCCCAGGACCCUCGAUUUAAAGGAUAUCUGGAAUGUAGACCCUCUUCAGCAGGGCCAAGCACUCGUGGCUGCUGGGAAGAAGAGGAAGAAGCAACAGAAAAGAGCUGACAAAAUUGCUACCAAACUUUCAGACAGCCUGACGACGGCAAUGAACUUUGCAUUUUCAGAUAUAUGAAAAAUAAAAGGUAAUCUAAAACGGGGUGUUUUUAUUUUUGUAUUUAGUUAUGUUCAGUCAAUAUCAUCAACCUUAUUCGCAACAUCCCCUAGUGGUAGGCAUGAUGUGCAGUAAUGUAUAUCAGCAUUUACAUAUCAAGACUGAGGGUGGGUUGUACCAACAUGGAUUAACUCUUAAACUGGGUUUAAUAAAGGUUUAUUUAUUAA